AUAAAAGUAGCCUACAUAGUUACACACACUGCCAGCGUUGCCAAUUUCAGCCAUUCCAGUUUUCGUCCCAUUUUUGCAGACGAGGGCUCUCUGAGUACGCUUACCAUAGACUCCUAUACCUUGCCUUCAGUAACCAAUAAAAUUAGAAACUAACUUAAUUACCAACCCGAAGGAAUUUACAAAAAUCUAUGCUAAGCGGAUAAAACACGUGCGAUUAGUAGGCUUUUUAUUUCUAUUUUUAUUAGAAAACGUACAUGAGUUGUUCUCUACAUGGAAGUUCCUGAGGUGUUUCGCUUUCCGUUUGAACCAUAUCCAAUUCAGUUAGAUUUCAUGAAAAAUUUGUACCAGUGUAUUGAACAAGGAAAGUUGGGUAUUUUUGAAAGUCCAACAGGAACGGGAAAGUCAUUGAGCUUGAUUUGUGGAACCCUAUCAUGGUUAACUGACCAUGAUCAACAUAAAAAAUUACAGCUAGAACAAAAAUUGAAUAUCCUUAAAAAGGCUGAUGAACUUGAAGUAACAUCAAAGCCUUCAGCUAAUGAAUUGGGUGAACCUAGGUGGUUCACUUUAGCUACAAAAAAUGUCAGAAAUUCUCAUGAGCAACGGCGUAUCAUGUCUGAACUGAAUAAAAUUCUAUGGCAAGAAGAAAGAAUUAAAAAACUGAAACAGAGAGUUCAAAACAUUUCCAGCAAUGCUUUAAACAAUUCUGAAUCUGAACUCCAUGUUUUCGCUGCAAAUACUAAAAAGUAUCAAACUUCAGAAUUAGUUACUUUGGAGGAUGAUGAUAUGUUGAUUAAGGAUGACAGCGAUGAAGAGUUGCCAGUAGAAGAACCAUGUGAAGAAAUGUUGGAUGAUACAAAGAUUAUUUUUGCUAGUCGGACACAUUCUCAGAUUUCUCAGUUUGUACGAGAGGUGAAGAAAAGUCCCUUUGGAGAUAGCAUCAGACUAAUUUCCCUUGCUUCUCGUCAGCAACUCUGCAUCAAUGAAGAUAUAACUAGCUUAAAGAACAGUACCUUAAUGAAUGAAAGAUGUCUGGAAAUGCAGAAAAACCGAUCGAGUUCAACGUCGAAAACUGAUGACGGGCGACCAUUAAAAAAGGCAAAAAAAUCUUCGUGUCCUUUUCGUGAUCACAAGCGAAUUCAACUCCUUCGUGACAUAUCUGUAACCGAAGUAGCUGAUAUUGAAAGCCUAAUACUUUCAGGGAAAAAACAAAAUGCAUGUCCGUAUUACGCGGCCCGAACGGCUAUCUCUGACGCCCAGUUGAUUGUUGUGCCUUAUGCAACACUACUAAAAAAAAACACGAGAGAAUCAUGUGGUUUGAAGCUUCAUAAUAACGUUAUAAUUAUCGAUGAAGCUCACAACCUACUUGACGCUAUUAGUUCUCUUCAUACAAUCUGUAUUUGGGGGCACCAGAUAAGUCAAGUUCAUUGGCAGUUGUUGCAAUACCAUCAAAGAUAUAACGCUUGUCUAUCAGCGAAAAAUGUGCUACCAAUCAAACAACUACUGUUCUUCUUAUCUUGUCUCAUGAAGUCCCUUGGUAUGCACGGAAAGCCAUCAGAACACAAUCAUCAAGUUGGCCUUGAAGUUGAAUGUAAAGGGGAUGAAAAAAUGUAUGAAUGCUCAAAAUUCUGCGUUGAAGCCGGUUUUGAUCAUAUUAACAUACACGCACUUGUUGAAUUUUGCGAAAAAACCAAACUUCCCCAAAAGCUACUUAACUUUAAGCCGGUGACAGCUGAAGUCACUCCAAUAGGCGCUUUUAAAACAUUUAUAGGAAAACUACAGUCAGAUCGGGUACAAAAGGAUUGUGCGCCUAUAGGGGAGACUGAUUGGAAAGGCACUAGUCUUAUGCCAAUCCUAGAAUUUAUGCGAUGUCUUCGCAAUUCUGAUCAAGAUGGAAGAGUUCUCUGUGUUAAGAAGGUUCUUCCAUCAGGUGGUUACCUUAAGUACCUUUUACUUAAUCCUGGGGCACUAUUUAAAGAUUUUGUUAACGAACCUAGAGCUGUUAUUGUCGCCGGUGGAACCAUGCAACCCAACAGCGAAUUUCGAUUUCAGCUGUUUGGUGCUGCUGGCUCUGCACAAAGCAGAAUUAUGACAUUUUCGUGUGAUCAUAUAAUCCCUCCUGAUCAUGUCUUACCUUUGGUAUUGACAAGAGGACCAUCUAACAAAGAGUUGGAUUUUUCUUGGGCUAAUCGGAGUAAUUUACUCGACGAAUUAGCAAACUUCCUCUCCAAUAUCAAUCAGGUAGUUUCAGGGGGUGUCGUGUGUUUUCUUCCUUCGUAUGAUUUUGAAAGGCAAGUUUUUGAACAUUGGAUAAGAAACAAUUACAUUUCGAAACUUGAAAAUCGGAAAAAGUUGUUCCGGGAGCCAAAAGAAGCAAAAGAUGUUGAACAUGUACUGUCGGAAUACGCUCGAUCCAUUAGACAAUUCACAAAUCCAUCUAGCAAAUGCGGGAAGAAUGGAGCUAUGCUGCUCUGUGUUGUGGGUGGAAAGCUAAGUGAGGGAAUCAACUUCAGCGACGAUCUGGCUAGAUGCGUUAUUGUAGUUGGCCUUCCUUACGCAAACAGUCAAGCAGCAACAUUAAAGGAAAAAAUUGAUUAUUUAGAUAACAACACGGCUAGCUUUUUACCAGAAGGAGAAGUCAGGUCCCCUGGCCAAAUUUAUUAUGAAUCCUUAUGUUUCAAGGCCGUCAAUCAAUCUAUUGGAAGAGCAAUUCGGCAUAGCAAAGAUUAUGCUGUAUUAAUAUUGGCUGACCACCGGUAUUCCCGCCCAAAUUCUAUAUCAGCGCUUCCUGGUUGGAUAGCUAGACAUCUUAAGGUUAGCGCGAAUUUUGGACCAUCUUUGGCUUCGAUCCUUUCUUUCUAUGCGCAAACAAGUAGAGGCUGAUGCCCUUAGAAUUGGCACACAAGAAAAUGCUUUAUCUGGAGGUAAAACUGAUAGCACAACUUACUCUCACUCUGAAUCAUCGUUAUAAUCUCGACUUUCUAUCGAUUGAGUAUUUCCACCAUUUAAGUGUGAGAAGAGUGCAUCAGGGAUUUUUGGUCGAGGGUCCUUUUCGAUUUUUGUUUUCAAAGCUCCAGUUUCUGAAAGCAUCCAUUCUAGUUCUGCUCAAAAUAAAAUAUUAUUAUUGUGAUAGAUUAAUAUCCCAUCAACAUUUGGGUUCUUCUGCAUAGCAUUGUACCAUCUUGUUUAAUUCCAGAGGCAAAGCAAUUGGCUCCAAUAAAUUGAUGUUUGAGAUCUC